AUGUUCGACGAGGGCGCAAUGAUGACAAUUAGAUGGACGACAGACUUUCCAUCGGUCAACCUUUGUAUCAUUGCCAAUCAGUCUUACAACUCGCCGCGUAUGCUUGCUAGUGGCUAUGUCCCCCAGACGUUGGACUGGGAGGCCGAGUGCUACAUCAAUUGCAGCAUACCCUUCAUGCUUCGAGCAGUCGAUGCCGAGGGUACGCCCGAAAAAUUGGCCGGCGGUGGCUUUACCAGUCGACAAUUCUGGAUUAAGCCGCCCGUCGUGAGCUCGUCCACAAGUGCAUCAACACCAAACUCCGCUGCCUCUUCAACGUCGUAG